GCUCUGAGGAAACACAGGAAGAUAUCAGUGAUGUGGGAAUAAUGUCAGGACCUGAUGCACAUUCAACACAAACCAUGUGAGGGACGUUAUUUGCUUCAGAGGCAACAGAAAGAGAUGAGAAAGUGCUUUCAACUCAGUGAUCUACUUCUAAAAAGUUUGGAGAUAGGUGGAUGAAGCAGUUUUUACGUUUUUUUUACUGGGAUUCAAACAGUAGCACUGUUUCUGUGGCCUGGUGCCUGAGGAGGAGCAGAAGGAGGAAGGCACCAUGAUCUCCACAGCCCUCCGUUGGCUUGUCCUUGUGUCGUUCAUCAUUCUGACCAUCAGUGGGAACGUGCUGGUGUGUUUGGCUGUCGGGCUCAGCCGCAGACUGUGGUGCAUCGCCAACUGCUUCAUUUUGUCGCUGGCGGUGACAGAUCUCCUGCUGGGCCUGCUGGUGCUGCCCCUGACUGCGACCGUGGAGCUGCGUGGUGGGAAGUGGCCCCUCGGGGGAGUCCUGUGUAACAUCUAUCUCUCUCUGGACGUCAUGCUGUGUACCUCCUCCAUCCUGACCCUGAUGGCGAUCAGCGUGGACCGAUACCUGGCCAUUUCAGCUCCACUCAGCUACUCUCGGAGGGUCACACCUCGACGGGUGACGCUGGCCCUCAUCGCAAUCUGGGCGUUGUCACUGGCCGUGUCCUUUGUGCCCAUCCACCUGGGCUGGAACACGGUGGACUACAGAGUGCAGCACUUGGACUGGGGCUUGGGGGAUGAGGACAAAGACGAACGCUACUGCCAGUUUGAAUGGAAUAACAACUAUGUUGUUAUCUAUUCCUUUGGCUCAUUUUACCUGCCUCUGCUGCUUAUGAGUGGAAUGUAUCUUUGCAUAUUCAGAGUGACACGAGAACAGGUGCGGCGUAUCCGUGCUGCCACGCCAUCAUAUCCACGCGGAGCGUCGACCGCAGCCAUAGCCCACGAGCACAAAGCCACAGUGACCCUGGCAGCAGUACUGGGGGCCUUCAUCAUAUGCUGGUUCCCUUACUUCACUUUCUUAACCUGCAUGGGCAUAAAGGAAAAGACAAACCCUCCUAACACGGUUCACUCUGUGAUCCUGUGGCUGGGCUACUUUAAUUCUGCCCUGAACCCCAUCCUGUACCCAGCCUUCAACAGGGAUUUCCGCAGGGCCUACGGAGACCUGCUUCGCUGCAGGGGACAGUCUCGCAGAAAACUACCAUUCACCCGCUUGUUCGUGCAUAAAAGCCUGACCUUUACUAACGGACAGAAGUCGCGGCAGCAGUCAGGGAAACAUACGGACAAAGUUAUGAAAGAAAAUGAGGGGAAGAGCCUCACGCUUCAUGAGAGAAACGGUAUACCUGAUGAGCCAUGGUGAAAUGCUGGACUGUAGACCUGCAGGAACUGUAAAUACAGAGUCACUACUACUCACAGUACUAGAUUAGCUAAGCAUUUUAGGUGUUUAGUGUAUAGUGCCAAGGAUGAU